GGAAAACAAAGACCACUUUGAAACCAGUUUCUUCGGUAUUACAGAAGUCUGUCGACCCGAUGUUCUGGCGUACAACAAGAUCAAAUUCGGCUAUUUCCGGUGUUUGACGACGAAGUUCAUCCAAGCUGGUCAACACGGCCAGUCUCAAGACCUUAAAACCCAUUUACAUUUCAACAGACCUGCAAAAUAGCAUGCUAAACUGGCCAACAAUUGUUUUCUCUUUGUAUGGAAAACAAAGACCACUUUGAAACCAGUUUCUCCGGUAUUACAGAAAUCUGUCGACCCGAUGUAAAGAUAGUUUUGACUUCAUGACUAUUCUGGCGUACGACAAGAUGAAUCUAACUCUGCGAAAGCUAUUACCUUUGAUGUGUUUUGGAUCGGCAUUGUUAGUGUUCGUGUACCAGACGCAUGUGAAGCGGAACACGGUUUCUAAUUUGGAUAAAAUUUUAGUAGAUUCGACAUUUAAAGGGAAGUAUGGGCAUCACUACAAGACUGCGAAAUCGUCUGCCAGGUCAACAAGGACGAUUGUAAAGAAUUAUCCAAGCGUAAUUUCAAAUGUUAAAAACAAAUCGAUGACCGGAACAGGAAGUAAUAAAUAUAUUAUUUUUCAAUGCGAUGGGCAGCACGCAUGCGGAGGGUGGGGAGACAGGCAGAAGGGAAUUGUAUCUGCUUUUCUAUUGGCCAAUGUGACAAACCGGAUGUUUUUGAUUAACAUGACGUCACCGUGUAACCUGAACCGAUUUCUGGUUCCAAAUAAAUAUAGAUGGGAUAUGGCUAAUUUCAAACUGAGUGGAAAGACGUCUAAGACUAUUGGUGGAGUGAGAAGGAGAGAUUAUCAGAAGAAGAUUAGGUUUGAAGACUUUAACCUACUUUUUCCAGAAGACGUUAUUUUUCUAAGAUCUAACGCUGAUCUUGUGAACAUCAUCAGAAGCAAUAAGCUGUACAAAGACAAACUCCCUCCAUGGGUAGUCGGCAAGAGAUAUGUAGCGUUCAGAAUAGGUUGGAACAUUUUAUUUAAGCCAUCGACGAGUCUGAAAACCCAAAUUCGUAAGUUACUAGUUGGUGUAACAUCUUCGAGCAACAAUUCCCUUGUCUGUGCCCAUAUACGAAUAGGAAAGAACCCGGAUAUGCCGAACGAUUCACCAAACAGAAACGGAAUAUCGUCUGUUCCUAAGCUGUGGGAAUUCUUGCAGCCAUAUGUUGACGAUGCUAAAAACAUUUUUGUAGCGACAGAUUCGACAUCCGUUAGAGACAUGGCGCGCAUGCGCUUUGGAAAGAAAUCGCUCGAUACUGGAGGAAAAAUUCUCCAUAUUGACAGACAGAGGAAGAGGGUUGACUCGUGUGAGGGAUUCGAAUGCGCGAUUCUUGACCAAACGAUCUUAACGAAGUGCCAUCUGUUGGUCGUGUCGGGAAGUAACUUCAGCAUCCGGGCAGCAUUCAUCAGAGGGUCGAACAGAAAUUUGUUUAUAUUCAAGAACGGCAAAGUGUCGCCUUUUGUCUUACCGUAGACAUCCCUGCGGGUUUGGAAUGGGUUAUCAACCUCAUGGUUGAGGGUAUCGGGAAGUAGAUCGAGCAUUCGAACAGCAUUCAUCCGAGGGUCAAACAGAAAUAACUGUUAAUGACAGUUUUGUUAUUCGACUUACCAUGUUCUUGAUCAAAAGCGCAACUGCUCCCCCCCCCCCCACACACACACCCCCACCCCCACCCCCAGUCCUGGGAAAAAAGACAAAAUCGGGCAAAAAUUAUACAGAUAUUCGGUUAAAAUUAUCUAACCUGAUAUCUUUUUAUCCUGUAUUUCUAUGAUUCUACCCUAAAAAUGCGCAGUGAUUCGUGUGCAACCCUACAUAGCUCGUUAGUAGUAAUGCUAAUGUGAAUAAAUGUUGUUAUCCAGA